AUGGACUCUGAGGAAACGAUAAACCAAGCUGUUAAAUUAGCCAAAGAUGCCGUCAUAGAGGAUGAAAAGAAAAACUACAAAGCUGCCCUGAACUUGUACAUACAAAGUUUACAAUAUUUUAAUUUCUUCUGUAAAUAUGAAAAGAACUCAAAUAUCAGGGAUUUAAUUUUAAAGAAAAUGGAAAUCUACAUGACGAGAGCCGAAAGUUUAAAGGAAAUAAUUAGCAAAAAAGAAUCCAUGGAGACAAAGGAAAAAGUAGGAGGAGGAGCAAGCACAGAAGAAAGUAAAGAAAAUAUGAAAAAACAAAUCAAGGAGUUUAUUCUAAAUAAAGAUAAAAAUGUUAAAUGGUCAGAUGUUUGCGGAUUAGAAACAGCAAAGGAGAUACUAAAAGAAGCAAUUAUUUUCCCCUUGAAAUUUCCAAAACUUUUUAACUCUUCUGCUUUGCCAUAUAAGGGUAUCCUACUAUAUGGACCUCCAGGAACUGGGAAAACCUUCCUAGCAUUAGCUUGUUCCAAUGAAUGCAACAUGAAUUUUUUCAACGUUUCUUCAUCCGACUUGGUAAGUAAAUACCAAGGAGAAAGUGAAAAAUAUAUUAAAUGUCUUUUCGAUACAGCUAAGGAACAUGCACCUGCCAUAAUUUUUAUUGACGAAAUAGAUUCUUUGUGUGGGUCCAGAACAGACGGCGAAAACGAAUCAACUAGACGGAUAAAGACAGAGUUUUUAAUAAACAUGAGCGGUUUAAAUAAUUACAAAAAUAAUAUUAUCGUCAUGGGGGCGACCAACACCCCGUGGUCCCUAGACAGUGGCUUCAGGCGGAGGUUUGAAAAGAGAAUAUAUAUUCCUCUCCCAAAUGUGUAUGCCAGGAUGAAGAUAUUUGAAAAGUACAUAAAUGGUAGUGAGAGUAGUGCCAAAGGUGAAGGUUCACCGGAUGGAAAAAGCGUAAAUGUUGGCGGAAGCAGCUGCACCAGCGGUAGCCCAAGCAACAUAGGAAAAGAAGACAUUAAAUACUUUGCAACUGUAACGGAAAAUUACACAGGCGCUGAUAUCGACAUUAUAUGCAGAGAUGCCGUUUACAUGCCAGUGAAGAAAUGCCUCCUCUCCAAGUUUUUUAAGCAAGUAAAGAGGAAUGGACAAAUUUUCUAUACUCCUUGUUCCCCUGGAGAUCCUGACCCAACCAAAGUUGAAAAGAACGUAAUGAGUUUAAAUGAAAACGAAUUACUGUUGCCGCCUCUAUCCGUGCAAGAUUUCAAAACAGCCAUAUCCAAUGCGAAGCCGUCGUUGUCUGUCGAUGAUUUGAAGAGGUAUGAGGAGUGGACCCAACAGUAUGGAAUGAAUGGCACGUAA